AUGCCGCCAAAACUGUCUCCUUCGGCCCCAACCCCUCAGCACUUUACCCCAAUACACACAAAAGCCGAGUUCGAAUUCCUUAUAAAAUCCGCCACUGGAAAGGCUCUCCUCCUUGCAUACUGGCCCGAAGACAGCACCUCCAAUGCAGUAGUCUCCUGUCUCCAGGACCUCCUCCCAAAGCCCGUCCAUGCAGAAUACGAUAUUGUAGACAUAUACUGCUUUGACGUGUACAGCCUGCCCGAGCUAGCGGCGGAGUUGGAUAUAUCAUUUGUGCCGACGGUCAUGUGGUUUCUGGAUGGGGUUAUGGACGCGAUCGUUUGGCACGAGGGGGUCAGGGUACAGGGAGAGAGCGUGAAAGACGGUGUCAGGAGAGUGGUGGAUAGAAUCAAGGGGGGCGUGAUGGAUGCGGAGAUGGACAGCGAUGAGGAAUGGUACGCGCAGGGACAGAAGGAGAAGGAGGAUAGUGACGAAGAUUGGUGA